CGUGUUGCCACCGUGCACUUUGGGGCACCACAGCCUCAGUCGUUGGCCAGUGCCAGGAGUGAACAGUUGGGCCGUUCUAGUACGGCAAACCUAUACCAAUCUACGACUGGGACUACCCCCUUGUGUGUUGGUUAUCCGCAUCGGCUAUCCCUUGAAAGGGUGUUCCGGAUUCCUGGGGUGGAUGUGUUGGUGUGGCUUUGCCCAGUGUUAAACCCGAUUACCCGUAGGGUGGCCACCCAUUUAUUAUCGGAUGUUUCCUGCAUGGAGCUGUAUGCACCCCCCUAGCGCCUAGCGUGGCCAAGUGCAUCCUUUCCGCUGGCAUCCAAUUAUCGUCGAGGCGAACCCCGUGACUGCGAUAGAUAGAUGGCCUAUCCUUGGUUGUAGGAGCGUCCGUUCAUCAAGGGCCUAGCAAGUGACGUGCUGUUCGUGGAAGUCUGUUAGUGUGCACACACACACACACACACACACAGUGAGAGAAAGAGAGAGAUCGAGAGAGAGAGAGAGAGAGAGAGAGGGAAUAGAGAGCGAUGGAGUCGGCAGCGCGGGUCCACCAGCCAUCGUCGAAGGCGUCGGCCGGCCGGACCGGACACCGUAGUUCCCGUGCUUCCAGGCGUAGCGCUACACCGCAGCGGUUGGAGCAGCUCGAACAAUCCGAGAUCCGUGGUGAGGGGACGGCCGACCAAACCGCGGUGGAGCCUGCGGAGGGUGCUAAAAAUAGAUCCUCGUCAACCCUUAUCCGGGUAGUGCGGCGGCCAGAUACGCCCUCGGAGAAUAACAGUGGCGGUAGCACGACAACGAAUGCCAGCAGUGCCAGUGCUACGACCUCACUGGCAGCAAACUAUCAGCACCCGGAGUCGGGUGGUGGUGGUGACAGGACACGACCGCGGCGAGGAGAGUCCCGUACACCGGCCAGCAGCUCACCAGCGGUUGUUGCGCCUGCGGUGACAACGACAACGACGACGAUGGCCGAUGAGCUGGCGGAAGGGACGGUAGUAGAGGUGGUUGCCGUCGAUCUGGAGAGCGGUGUGGCCACCCUAGAGACGGUACCGGGUGGCCCGGGCGAUGAGAAGAUCCAGAAGGGCAUCCUCGGCUACAUGGACCGUCAGCUGAAGGUUCAAUCGUUGUCGGAUCCACAGAAAAGCCCGGCACAGCGAAGCACCCGGAGUCGGAGCAGCCUGGAGAAGAGUCCACGGCGGAAACGGAGCAAAUCGGAGUCUCGGAGGCGCCGCGAACGGAAGAUGCUGGCCGCCGGUGAGAUGGAGGUGCGGCAGGCCAACGAAACUCUGAUGCGCUACCUGAAGCAGUGCUCGGACUUUAACGAUGCGUCACUAUCGGGCGACCUGGAGAUCCCGGAACAUCUGGAGGAUCGGCGGGUUCACCGGAAAACGAAAUCUCAGCGGGAACGGAAGGCGGCCCAUCAGCUGCAACCGUCCGACCAGCGGGCGUCCGGUACCAGAUCGUCCCACGCCGAUGAUCUACUGAGCUACCACGGAGAGAUCUACAACCCCUUCACGCCGGUGGUAUCACCGACGACCGAAGGAGCACCGACGAGGAUCGACAAGAUGUAUAUACAGACUGCCAGCGGCUAUCGACCAGUGGACAAUACCUACUCCUAUCAUAAAACGACGGCAAUGAUUGCUGGUGACCCGGAAAGCAAUAGCAAUACAAUAAGCACCUCAGUGCAUCUGUCCUGUGCUGUGCAGCGGGUGUGGCACCUUCUUUCGACCAUCUGCCAUGGGUUGCUUGGUGGUCUAGCGUUCGGGCAUCUGUUACUGAUCUGCACCACCAAACCCUACGACUGGAUGGAAGCCUCGAUCCGACACUAUUCAUCCUUUGCCGAAGUGUACGCCAACACCUUCUACUGUUUGGCCAUUGUUUGUAUGGUUUCGAUAUUCGAUCGUGUGGACAUUGCACAUGGCAGUGAUUCCAAUAUUUCUUUCCGAUCAGUCUUCGUCAUCAUGAUCUACGUGAUGACGAUCAUUCUGAGCCUAUCGGCUGGUUCGAUGGACGAACGGCUUUAUCUAACCCCGACUUUGAACGUCACCGUUUGGGAGGAGGAGCUGGAAACGAACAAAGUACUGAGCAUCUGGAAUGCCCUCUCGAUAGCGCGUAGCGUCGGUGCCAUCUUUGGCUGGCUGGUGGUUGGAUUUCUGCCCAACCAGGACAAUCUAUACGAUCAACUGCUCGAGAUGGAAAAAUAUCAGCUUCAGUGAGCCGGUAGGAUCGAUCUGUAAAUAUUUGCUGAUAGUGCAAUAAUGAAGGGAGAAGGCAGAACCAUAAUCACGCUUAAUCUGUUAAUUCUGGCUACGAAAGGGUCAGGUAGGGGCAAGGGGCUGUGGUUCAAUCAUGGAUGAGGGAUGAGUAACGGUUUAGGUAAAAAUGAAUUGAAUUAGCAUGCUUAGCGAACGUUCUGCACACCGCAGAAGUUAUGUAGUGUGCACUGUGGCGACAUACUGUGACAGCAAAACGGAAAGGACUGAUAAUCAUUUUGUAAUCAAAUGAUCUAGUAUUCACAAAAGUACACGAACAUUAACACAUCAAGGCUAGGUUUAGUGUAAACAGUGCAAGUAGUAUAGAUGGUACAGAAGGUGAGUGAGAACGGAACGAAGCGGUACGCACUGUCUCGUAGAUAAAGUAACGAUCGAAAUACUCUGUAACGAUGUGGAACUGUUAUUAAGUAAAUUAAAUCCGUACGAAACACACGAGGCAUCAAUAUCCAUACUAUCAUUUAGUGAAAU